AUGAAGACCCCCGCCUAUCUACUAGUCACUCGACUGGUGCAUUAUACAACCCAGGAAUUCUUCCAGUGCAACCGAUCAACCUGGUUCCCAAACGCGAACUAUGAUAUCGGCAGCAUCUGCGUGGCAUAUCUGUCAUGUGAUAUUUUCAAAUCAGGACAUUGCCAAACGGUAGAAGAUUUCAUAUCGCGCCGGGAACACUGUCCUUUUGGAACUUAUGCAGCCGCUUUCUGGGGUACUCACAUCCGAGAGUGCGAAGCGGACGGGGAACAACCUCAAAGCGAGGAAGCCAUCAUUACACUGCUGCUAGAUACACCGAAAGUCAACUCCUGUAUGCAGUUCAUGUUAUCUAUUCCCCAGUAUAGCGACGACGAUGACCAAUACAACUCAGUCCAUAUGGAAUCUGAGGGAUAUAAAUAUUCACUAAGCACCGCGCAGAUUGCCACAGGUCUUCAUCUUGCGGCUUACUUUGAAUUACCUGAUGUGGCCCAAAAGUUGAUUUCUUUUGGCAGUUCAGUGGACUGCGUGGAUGCUGCUGAAAGGACCCCUUUAUCAUGGGCAAUGGAACAUAACCGCCUAGAUUCUAUAACUUUACUCCUAUCACAUGGCGCAGAUCCAAACAUCAAAGAUAGCGAAGGGAUAGCACCCCUAGUGUUCCCAAUUUAUCAAGGUUGCGAACGCGCAGUCCAGUUAUUAAUCGAAGAAAAUAGUGAUUUGCUGUCUUCUUUCGAAAAUGGACAGUUGCUACUUCAUGUUUCUGCCAGGGGUGGAUCAGAGAAGGUUACCCGUCUCCUUUUAGAGCAAGGGAUUAGCGCACACUCGAAAGAUCACGAGGGUCACACUCCAUUGUUUCACGCCGCUCGAUGCGAUCAUUUAAAUCUGGUGCAGCUUUUUCUUGACUGGGAUCUGGAUGCUAAUCCCCAGGAUAUUGAAUUGGAUGCCUCAAUCUCAGUCGCAGCGGAGUUUGGGAAUGAGGCAAUAGUUCAGUUUCUCCUAGACAAAGGUGCUGACCCUAAUAAUCUCUAUUACGGGGAUAGGACACCACUCAUGUGGGCAUCAGUCGAAGGCCAGACGUCGGCAAUACAAGUUUUGCUGAAGUGGGGUGUUGAAUUGGAAACCAAAAACUCCAAGGGUCAGACCGCACUGAGUUUUGCAGCAAUGGGUUGGAGCACAGAAAAAGCGAUCCAGCUCCUCCUAGAGAAUGGCGCAGAUGUUAACUCUGAGGACAAUGAUGGCCGCAGUAUGUUUUUCCAUGCAGCCUCGGAGGACGAACACACCAAUCUGAUUGCGCUUUUUACUUCGACCAAGAUCAGGAACAUCCAUCAACCCGAUCGGUAUGGCCGAACACCUCUACAUGUUGCUGCAACCCGAGGUCAUUUGCAACCAAUUCUCACGCUGCUCAACACUGACGGUGUGGAAUUAGAAAUAAAAGACUACAGGGGUCAUACCGCACUACAUUGCGCAGCAGCCUGUCCGAGGAUACAAGUGGUCCAGCUCCUCCUAGAGAAUGGCGCUGAUAUUAACUCUGAGGACAAUGAUGGUCGCAGUGUAUUUUCCCAUGCAGCAUCCGAGAACAGAUACACCAAUCUGACAGCUCUUUUUACCUCAACCAAGAUCAGGAACAUCCAUCGACCCGAUCGGUAUGGCCGAACACCUCUACAUAUUGCAGCAACCCAUGGUCAUUUGCAAUCAGUUCUCACACUUCUGAAAAGCGACGGUGUCGAUUGCGAGGCCCAAGACAAGUUUGGCCGCACAGUACUGUCUGACGCUACACUGCGCAAGAGAUUUGAUGUUGUAAAAAUCCUAGACACAUUUUCUGAGACAAGCUCCCAAAUGACAGUUGACUCAGUGGUUCAAGCCACCUCUCUAGAGGACGUGAAUGUGUGUUGUGAUGUUUGCACGGUUUAUGUAUUGAAGGGUAAGGCUUUCUCCCAUUGCGCCACUUGUCAUGGAGGGGACUUUGAUAUCUGCGAGGUGUGCUAUCAUGUUGGGGCACGAUGCCUGGAUCGCUCUCAUUUAAUGGAGCUACGGCAUGAGAAAGGCCUUGCUCCAUAA